CAUUCUACUUGGUCUGUGUUCUCAUUGGACAAUGGACAUAAUAUGUGAUGGUUAUAUUUUCAUAUUUUUUUCGAUGUUUUAUGAAAACAUGAAUUGAAUUUCAAAUUGAAAAGAAAGUAGUCUAACAAAUAAUAACGCGGGAGUCUGCUUCUAAAAAUCAGCAAAGUUUGUAGAUUACAUAAAGGAAAUGUACUAUAGCCUUUUUAUGUCAAUAACGGAUAACCAACUCAACAGCAAAAAAACUGUCAGGUUUUAAUUGUGUUAACUGUUAAUUAAUAAAUAAAAUUAAGAUAAUCGUGAAGGCUGGUUUCGAAGUAUUCCGAGAAUCGUUUUAACUAAGAAAUAUGGGUGUUCCGAAGUUUUUCAGAUAUACCAGUGAAAGGUACCCUUGUCUAAAUGAGUUGGUGAAGCAAUAUCAGAUCCCUGAUUUUGAUAACAUGUAUUUGGAUAUGAAUGGCAUUAUACACAACUGCUCACAUCCUGAUGACUCAAAUCCACAUUUCCGAAUAACAGAAGAGAAAAUAUUUAAGGAUAUUUUUCAUUAUUUAAGCAUUUUAUUUCAAAUAAUAAAGCCAAAGAAGCUGUUCUUCAUGGCUAUUGAUGGUGUUGCUCCAAGAGCCAAAAUGAAUCAGCAGAGAGGUCGACGUUUCCGAUCUGCAAGGGAAGCAGAAGAAUUAGAAGCUCAGGCUAAGGCUAAAGGAGAAGUGCUGCCAACUGAAAAGAGAUUUGACAGUAACUGUAUUACACCAGGAACUGUUUUCAUGGCAAGGCUUCAUGAACAGUUGAAAUAUUUUGUAAAAAUGAAGAUUAGCCAGGAUCCAUUAUGGUCAAAAGUUAAAGUGAUUUUAUCUGGACAUGAGACUCCCGGAGAGGGUGAACAUAAGAUUAUGGAUUAUAUUCGUUGGGCUCGUUCUCAACCAGACUAUGACCCAAACACUCGGCAUUGUUUGUAUGGUCUGGAUGCCGAUCUGAUUAUGUUAGGAAUGUGUACUCAUGAACCACACUUUGCUUUACUAAGAGAAGAGGUAAAAUUUGGCAAAACAACCCAAAGAGCGACCAGCCCAGAAGAGACCAACUUCUACCUUUUGCAUUUAUCUUUACUCCGAGAGUAUUUAGAACAAGAAUUCAUAUCUAUAAAAGAAAAUCUUCCAUUUAAAUAUGACAUUGAGAAAAUUGUUGAUGAUUGGGUUUUAAUGGGAUUUUUGGUUGGAAAUGAUUUUAUUCCCAACUUACCGAAUAUGCAUAUAAGUAAUGAUGCAUUGCCACUAUUGUAUAAGACGUAUAUGACUGUUCUACCGACUUUAGAUGGAUAUAUAAAUGAAGCCGGUGACCUGAACCUAGCUAGGUUUGAAGUGUUCAUGCAAGAAUUGGCUAAAAUAGACAAAGAGAAGUUUCAAGAUACUUAUGCAGACCUGAAAUAUUUUGAAAUGAAAACUGGGAGACGGCCAAAUGCUAAUGAGAGAAAAGAUUACAAACCGAACAAUGAUGAUACGUUCAACGUAAACAUAGACGAUAUAAAGGCAAACAAACCAGAUGAUGAAUUACAAGCUCUCAUCAAUGCUACACAGGAAAUGUUCAUGGACGACGUCGCAGUUGAUGAUGAUGAUGAUGAAUAUGAAGAGACAAGUGACGAGGAAGCAACUAUUGAAAUGGAGUUCAUAUUACACAAAAAGGACUAUUAUAUGAACAAAUUGGAUUAUUCUAAGGUUACCGAUGAAGUACUAGCAGACCAAGCCGAAGGCUAUGUGCGUGCGAUACAAUGGAAUUUGUUCUAUUACUAUAAGGGGUGCCCUUCCUGGUGCUGGUAUUAUCCGCACCACUACGCACCCUAUAUAUCAGAUAUUAAGGGGUUCAAGGAUUUGAAAAUUGAGUUUGAAUUAGGCGAUCCAUUUAAGCCAUUUGAACAGCUGUUGGCAGUAUUACCAGCAGCAAGUAAGCAUCUCCUACCGACUCCAUUCCAUGACCUGAUGACGGAUGAGGAUUCACCGAUCGUCCAUUACUACCCAAUACACUUUGAAACAGAUCUCAAUGGAAAGAAGAACGAUUGGGAGGCUGUUGUCUUGAUACCAUUUAUUGACGAGGUCAAUCUCUUAUCAGCAAUGUCACCGUGUUAUCAGCGUUUGACGGAAGAAGAGCUUAAGCGUAAUAUGCACGGACCUAUGCUUGUAUAUAACUGGAGUCCUACAGCUUUAGGUACAGUGCAGGCGCCUGACUUUUUCCCACCGAUAUCCUGUCAUGCAAUAGAACAGGCAGUAUUCCGGACAGAACUGGAAGUGAGAGAAGAGAACCUAAAAAGAGGAAUGUUGCCAAACGCGCAGAGGGAUCUCUUGUUCCCCGGAUUCCCCACGAUGCGCCACUUGAAUUAUCAGACACAAUUAAAAAAAUGCAAGGUCAAAGUAUUCGACCAGCCCUCGCGCAAUGAGAACAUGAUAGUGCAAUUAUUGCCCGAAGAAGAUACAAACCCACCUCUGCCGGAGUUGGCUAUGGAUUUACUGGGGAAGAUCAUCUGGGUCGGCUGGCCGCAUCUUACUAGAGCCAAAGUCAUAUCAGUAUCAAACGAGAAAAUUCGUCUGCAUCACAACGAUCAACAAACCCCAGUAGGUCUCCAUUACUCGACGGAACAGAAUACGGGAAACCUCCACAAGCAAUGGAUCUCUGAACGGUCUACUAUUAUUGAACAUAAUAUGAAUCGUCUAGGCAUUGAACUUGGUGACGUCAAUGUUAUCGUACAUGCCAAAAACUUAAAAGGUUAUAAAUACGUAAUUCAAGACAAUGUUCGCAUGGCUAUGGAGGAGGAGUGGUGUGAUACACCAUGUGGAUACGCAUUUCAGGCUAUAGUGGCUAAUGCCAAGGCUUCAGAGCUGAAGCCUCCUGCUAAAUAUCUCACUCCAACGGAGGCCUAUCCCACGGGAGAUACCGUGUUCCUGUUGACGCAGGGACAGUACUAUGGAUGUCUUGCAACGGUGGUAAAUGCGGACGCGGCGCGUAGCGGGCGUAUAAAGGUAUGCGUACGAGAGGCCUCCGAACCCGUACCACGGGCUCAAUCCGCCGCUUGCGCUUAUCGCUCCGCUAAUCACGCCGCUGCUGCUUGUGGUAUAUCUGCGCAAAUGCUCUCGCGCAUAACAGGAUCGAUUCUGGUGAUAUCGGGAGUACGAAAUGAUUUGCCAACGGAGACACAAUCCAAGAUCAAUAUUGGACUCAAUCUCAAGUUUAAUAAAAAGAACCAAGAAGUAUCAGGCUAUACCCGUCGUUGUAAAGUGACAAACUCAUGGACAUACUCGGAACGAUGUGUCGAGUUGGUGAAAAGUUAUGCGAAGGAAUAUCCGGAAUUGUUCGACAAACUUGCCUAUACAAUGAACCGAGAUGUAUUCUUUGAAGGCGAUUUGUGGCCUGAUGCAGUGGGUCAAAGUAAACCUCAAGAAGUUCAAAAAUGGCUGAAAUCGCAACCCCAUAACGGCGCAGCGCGCAGACAGUGUGGUUCCGAAGCCCUGGAGCCGGAAGAGAUGAAGGCUAUUUGGAAGGAUUUGGAGGAACAGCUGAAAGAGAUCAGCAGUCAAAAAACUGUUAAUUUGAGUGUCAAGUGGAAUGUGUUGUAUAAGCCGGAAUUGCAUGAGGGCAACAUUUCGCCGGAUUCAAAUGCUGACUACAAAAUGUAUGACCGCAUAGUAUGUGUUGCCCGUAAUAUAACUGUGCCGCUUGGGGCUAAAGGCACAGUAACGGCGAUCUAUCAACCGACUGAUGGCAAUACUGUGCGGUUAUCGGAUAAAAUGAACGCUCAACCUACGUAUCAGGUGAUGUUCGAUCAACCCUUUGCAGGCGCGAUGUCUGAAGAUCUGUUUGAAGAAUCUAGAUUUUAUAGAAUGCUACCAACGAACAUGUUAAAUAUAUCCUACGGGCGCCAAAUCCGGAAUGUACAAACGGACAGCAACGAAGAUACAAAUUCGUGGGGCUUCAAACAACCGCCCGCUGUUCUUCGCAGGGACAACACACACCACUCCGCGUUCGCCAGCUAUAGUCCCCCGUGGGAGAUGAAACCAGCUACUCCUGAGGCAAAAACACCAGAGGCAACUAAUGGCGGACAAAAGGAAGACCCAACGACCCUCUUGAGAAGUCUUCUGAAAAUAAGUGAAAAUGCAACGGACCAGACAAAACAGAAUAAGAACAAGGAUGAAGUGAACUCCAAUUGGAGAAGUAAGGACAAACAACCCACAAUACCACAAGCGAAAACUCAGCCACAGAAUUGGAGAAAGGACACCGAAUACAGACCCCCAGUGCCUCAUAGCGAUUGGGUGAAUUCCAACUCUAAUUAUUACAAGAAUCAACCACAAGCACCUACAUUCGUCCCAUUUGCCCCACAAUAUCCGCCCCCGCAGUAUCGUCCCAGGAACAAUUUCCCAAAACAUUUGCCCAGCGUGAGCAAUUUACUUCCAAGCUGGUCGCAGAACUCUCCAGCGCCAUUCCAGCCUAACCAAGCCAAUGAAAACCCGUCAAAUGGCCAAUCCAACCAAUCACGGACGAACCAGGCCGUGAACAACCCAUUCGUGCCUUUACAAGUGCAGACUAGUCAAAGGCGAGCCCACAAUGUGAACCAGCCUCCUCGUAAUAUGGAGAGUCAGCCACCAACACAAUCGUCGCUACCAAAGCCGCAGCCUGUUGUAGCUCAGGUGCCACAGAAUAAUCAACCUCAAACGAAUAGGACCAAAAAGAGGAAACCCAGAAUAGCGGCCAAUCUUCCUUUUCAGUUUGACUGAAUAUGUCAAAUGUCAGUUGUCAAAUUCGAACGAUUUAAAAGUACAUUAAAUAAUAAGAUUAAACAUCUGACUCAACAUAUUUUGACUAAUUUUUAUAACUAUAAAAUUAUAUUUUAGAUAUGUGUAUGUAUUAUGUCAAAACUAUUUUCUUUGUGACAUUUGACAUUCAAGACUUGAUACGCGUAUUAAAUAAAUUAUCACGAAUACGUGGACGUGUAUAUUUACUUGUUCUUUAUUUACAUUUUUAAAAAUAUGAAUUUGAGUCAGGUUUUUUAUUAAUUUUAAAUUGAAUACGAUAUUUUUUUAAAACACGCCACAUUUUAUAAUGAUUAAUGAAUAGGCUGAAAUCUUGGAUGUACAAAGUGACUUUAACCGGAAAAUAAUUAUUUUCAAUUAAUUGAAUUCUUCUCGAAAUCCAGGAAACUUUAACUCCUAAUAACUAAGGCAACGUCGGGUCUCAGUAAAUAAUUAUUAAUUAAAUUCAUAUGUUUUUGAACAAUAUUCAAUUACAAUAUAUUACUACGAGGUAUUAACUGCAUUUAAGUACAUUCAGUCAAUCAAGUCAGAUUUCAAAUCUUGUCAAUGUGUUACAUAUUUUCAUAAUUUAUAUUAUAAGAAAUUGUAUAUUUUAUUAUUGACGUGUUGAUAUGACUAUAAAUAGUUCCUUUAUGUCUUAGAAAUUAAAUGUGUGUGCUUAAGAGAGUGAAGAAAUAGCCGUCUUGUAAUAAUGUCAUAAUAUGUAUUGAAUUAAUAAUAAAAGGAUAGAUUACAAAUAAGUGUAUUAAUUUGAUCAAUAGCUGUCUUCAUCUUGAUUUACAUAGUUUUGGUCCUAAACUUUCUUAGCCAGCGGUCCUUUGUGCCAGGCGUACUACGCAUGACAAUUGAAUCUGUACGGGGAUCACGUGACCAAAUGUUAGCUGUCAUUCCCACAGAUCUUCAAACAGCUGACAGCUGAUCUCAUGUCUGUGGUAAAUUUUCCUAGAGGACCUUGCUCAAACGUGAAUAAUAUUUAAGAAAGUUAGUGGAUGUAUUAAUGUAUCUAGAUGUCUAUGCCCUCUUAAAAUUAAUAUAGGGAUAUAAAAUUGACAUAAUAAGAGUAUCAAUUUAAUUAGUAUUAUACUCAAAUGUUUAUCGUACAAAAUCAAAUUCAAGAAAAUGUAAUCAAUUGAAAUUUGUAUGUACAGUACAAUGUAUGUGAACUUAAAUAAAUGUAUAAUAAGUACAAGAGAAUUGUCAGUCGUUUCUUAUGUGUAGUAUAUCACUGCCUUAUUUAAAAUUGUUUUUACUUCCUUAUUUAUAAACGUAGUAUGCCACAUAAAUGAAAUGACAACAAUCUUUAAGUUAUUGAGGCAUUUAUGAGACCGAUAGAGUAUUCCAUGUUUAAAAGAAAUUAUUUAGCUAUCUUUUUAGUAAAUAGCUUCAAUCAAGAGAUUCAAUCUCUUCAUAAUAACCCAGACAAAUAAAUCUUUAAGUCUUCAGUGGGACCUCAGAUGUUAUGAAAACAUUAAUAAUGUGGUAGUUUCAUUAAAUAAACAAUUUAUUGACAUUUAAGUAUAUGAAUUUAGACCUCUGUAAACUCUGUGACUGGCUGUUUUAUAAUUUUUUGUCGUACACUUAUUGAUAAACAUACUUCAUGCUUAUAUUGUAAUUGUUUUGCUCGGAUUAAAGGGACGGAAGCAGGAAUUUUCUUUUACUACGUUUAUAAAUAACUGAAAGUACAAAUGUUGUAUUUUUUUUUGAAUGAAAUAAAGUUUUGACAGCA